UUAAAAACAGUAGAUCAACAACAAAUAAUAUGACGGAUAAACAAUUCAAAAAAGAAUUCAUAAAAAUCACAAAAAAAUACAUAGCAUAUGGUAUACCUAUUGAAGAUUUACAGAAAACUCUGAAGAAACCAAAAAGGUUCAAUAAUACUACUUUAUUUUGUUCUAUUAUUGUUCUUGUACUUGCAAUUUUACAUGGAUCCAACGUAUUGAACUUUUUUGCUUAUAUUUUUAUUCAUUUAAGAGGUGUACGUUGUCUGGUACCAAACAAUUAUUUCGUUUGGGAAGCUACUCGUCAAGUUUCUGAUUGCUCUUUUUGCUUGAACGUUAGUGAACCAAUAAUACUCCGAAAUGUAAGCAAAGAAGAAUUUGCUCCAUAUGCAUAUACCUCUAAGCCGGUUAUCAUAAGGAAUGCGUUUUCACAUUGGCCAGCUAUGAAAGAAUUUGAUUUUGAAUUUUUUAAGAAAUUGUAUCAUGAAAAUGAAGACGCAUAUAAGAGUGUUGAUGAAGAAUGUCAGUUUCUUCAUUUCAAAUCAGAUUUUACAUCAUUAAGGGAUGUAUUUUUGAUGGAUCACAAUAGAGUAGUAAAUGAACCUGGUCAGAGGUCUUGGUAUGUUGGCUGGGGUAAUUGUCACCCUGAGAUAUUGACUGAAAUGCGAAAAUAUUAUCCAAAGCCUCAUUUUCUGCCUGAUGAUUGUGAAAUGCCCUCGAAGGAAUAUGUAUUUAUGGGCUAUGGGGCUGGAGCUACAAUGCAUCUAGACUACAUAAAUCGAUUGAUGUGGCAAGCUCAAUUAAAAGGUUCAAAAACAUGGAAUAUAAGGCCAGCACCAGAAUGUGAAGAAAUAUGUAGCAGUAUGUCAUUCAUCGUAAAACCUGGAGAUGCUAUACUUUUAGAUACAAGGGUUUGGUACCAUGGAACCACAGUAAAUCCUGGCCAGUUUAGUCUGUCUAUCCAAUCAGAAUAUGGAUAAUAUUUUUACUUAAGUGAUAUUACAUUGAAUUUUAGUAAAAUUUAUGAUAUUUUAUAUACAAACAUAUUUAUAUAUUAUUUAUUUCUGAUCAAUAAAGAUUAUAUGUAUUUA